GCAGAGUAUUCUAGUUCCUGCUGGGAGUUGCACACUGGAGUUAGCGUCUUUGCACCUGCUAGAAACAGAACUGCAAGCUAACCAUGGCAGGAAAGAGGGCAUUAGUAAUCCUGUCUAAAGGUGCAGAGGAGAUGGAAACUGUUAUUCCUGUGGACAUCAUGCGCAGAGCUGGGAUUGCAGUGACGGUUGCAGGACUGACGGGCAAAGAGCCAGUCCAGUGCAGCAGAAACGUCGUCAUCUGUCCUGAUGCCAGCCUGGAGGAUGCCAGCAAACAGGGUCCUUAUGAUGUGGUGCUUCUGCCAGGAGGAAUGCCAGGGGCCCAGAACCUGGCAGAGUCUCCUGCUGUGAAAGAGGUGCUGAAAGAUCAAGAUGGCAGAAAAGGCCUGAUUGCAGCCAUCUGUGCAGGUCCUACUGCUCUUCUGGCACAUGGCAUCGGCUACGGCAGCACAGUCACUACACAUCCAGCCAUGAAGGAGAAGAUGAUGACUGGAGAUCACUAUAAAUAUUCAGAGGCUCGAGUACAGAAGGAUGGACAUUACAUCACCAGCCGUGGGCCAGGAACCAGUUUCGAGUUUGCCCUGACAAUUGUAGAGGAACUUAUGGGGGCUGAGGUUGCAGCUCAAGUCAAGGCUCCUCUUGUUAUUAAAGACUGAAUGUAGCUGUGUUCAGUUACAUCCUGCAAGCAGCACUGCCCGUCAUACAAGCCUGGCAUUACUGAAACGGCUUCUCCAAUGUAGCUGGCACAAGUAGUCAAAGUUGCUAGUGACAAAUCGCUCUCCCAAGGGGACAUAAAGAUGUUUCUGUGUCCUCCCCUAGUCUUUCUUAGUUAGCAAUGAAAGGCACCAUGUGUUAUUUAACACUGAAAUACAACUAGAUAGUCACUGCACAGGACUUCCAAAUGAGAUUAAAUAGAUUUUGUUUCAUUGUAGUUCUCCCACAUGCUUACUCAUUAUUCUGAUUGCCUUUAUUGUUUCACUUGUCAUUAAAACAUUAAUGUGA